GUAUGUUUCACACAUCACUUUCAUCUGAGUCUACGCCAAGGAACAGCGGUAGCCUAUGGAUAUUUUUCUAUACUGGGAUUAAUGUAAAAACGGGGAUUUGCGUUUACGUGGUAUGAGCCAUGAGUCAAAGUUGCGGUCAUUAGGAAUGAUCUCCACACCAACUCGCGCCACGGUCAGCCCUCUCACCCCGCUAGCCAAUGGGAGUGCGGCUGCUCAGUCUGCUCAGUCUGGAUUCGCUGCUGCCCUCCGUCAAUUGGCCAAACAGGCUGAAGAACCCAGAGGUUCUUCUCCCAGUAGUGAGUCUUCAGACUCCUCUCCAGCCACCUGUCUCAGUACUUCAGUCACCACUCCUAAGAGGGGGUUGUCAGGGCCGCUCCAGACCUCAAGUGGGGGGGGCAGCCUUCCCUCCACCCCUCCUGUUGUCACCAUCGCCCCAACUCACAGCAAGACCAGCAGCAUUCUCUGGAGAGGAGAAGGGCACCAGGCUGAGUCAGGUGUUUGGGGAGUGAGUAGGGAGCGUGUGGGGUCUGAGCUCAGCCCUCCCCAGGAGAAAGGGGGUUAUCCUGUCCCCUCUCUUCACGUCCUGGCUCACCCCUCCUACCCCUUCAGCCUCACCCCCAGCUCUGUCAUGCAGGACCGGAGACUACAGGGCCUUAGUCUACCUGGUCAGGUACACCCUGCGGUUCCCUUGGGGGCGGUCCCAGAGGAGUACCUGAGAGGACUCCGCCCCUUCGCUACCUCAGACGACCUCCGCCUGCCCUCGCUGCCCCUGGGGCUCGACCCCGUCACCGCUGCCCACGUUACUGCUGCUGCUGCCUACUACCACCCUGCCUACCUCCACCACCUACACAGGAUGGAGGAGUCUCUGUGUCUGUCUGCACUGCGUUCUCAGUUCUACUCUGUACCAGCAGGGGGAGCCUUCUCUCCCCUCCACCCCUCUGCCCUCCACAUGCACCUGCCUGGGGCACGCUACCCUGGGGAGCUCAGCCACACACACAGCGCAUUGGCUGAGAGACUACAGAUGGAGGAAGAGCUUCGCCAACGAGAGAAACAGAGGGAGCUUGAGCUGGAACGGGAGAGAGAGAGGGAGCGGGACAGAGCGAGGCAGAGGGAGAUGGUGAGAGCGGUGGAGACUGAGUACCUUGCUGGACUGAAGGCUCUCAAGACUCCGCCGCAGGACAGGGUCAGACCUGGGGAGAGGCUGACACCCAACAGACUGGGUAAGCCCACCCUCCCUGCCCUCCCAGUCCCUAAACCUCUACAGCCAGACCUCCAGUCCUCCAGGGGGUCAGCCUCUCACCCCAUUCCCACCCUGGUGCCCUCUCAGACGGUGAACAACGCACACACUGUCUCAGCCUCUACCAGGGGGCUCCAUGGAACACUGGCCUCUGCCAUGAAGCUCCAACAGGCCAAUGGGGAGAAGCGCUGGUUGUCAAAGCAACGCCGGCAAGGGCAGGAGAGGGAGGCGUGGCCACAUGGGGAAGGGGUGGAGCCUAGGAGACACAGCUACAGGUCCAACGCCAGCCAGCAUGACCCAGGCAACAGAGAGUCUCAACCCUACCUAGGAGCCCCACCUCCACUCAUCUCCCCCAAACCUCACCCUCACCUCCUCCACCACCCCCCUGACCCUCCCACCACCCUCUGGAACCCUGCCUCUCUCACAGAGACCCCCCCAGACCCCCGUCGCAGGUUUGACUCCCCUGUUCCCCCCUCCCGCCCCCCUCCUGGCCUGACCAGAGCUGAGUGGCCCCCCAGCUCGGAGCGGGGGGAGGAGGGAUGCAGGAGGAUGGGGGAGGGCCCAGAGAGGUUCUCCUCCGUCAGGGGACCCAUUCUGCAGGUUUCUGGCCUCUGGAGCAUGGCUGAGCUCGAAAGAUCCACUCACAGUCUCCACCACCAACAUAACCAUAACCACCUCCACCAGAGGGGCUCACUGCUCCUGUCCUCCCCCAGCCCCAGCUCUGACCUGGGGGUCCAGCGCCCGUCCAGCUCCCCCUCUUCCUCCAGGGACCUCCAGAAGUCUGAGCGGCCAGGCCAGGAGCCUCAAAACCCAGUGGUGUACGAUGAGAUCCUUCUGCAGCAGCACAGGCUGGUCAGCAAGCUGGACCUGGAGGAGAACAGGAGGAGAGAGGCCAGGGAGGGAGGUUAUUACUAUGAUCUAGAUGAGUCGUAUGAUGAGAGUGAUGAGGAGGAAGUGAGGGCCCACCUCAGAAGGGUAGCAGAGCAGCCCCCCCUAAAACUGGACACAUCCUCAGAGAAGGUGUGUUUUCUGCAUGUGUGUGGCCUGACUACGCUGGCCCAUCGUGACCAGCUGCUUCAUCAGAAGAGGAGGAAGAGGAGGAGGAUGCUGAGAGAGCGCAGCGUCUCCCCUCCAUCUGUACAAGGCAAGAGGAAGACCCCUCGUCCUACUGUGGCACCCCUCCCCCCCCUCAGCACCACUCUCACCCCUGAGGAGCUGAACUGCUUCCCCCAACUGGAGGACAAGAAACACUUCCUCAACAUGCUUAGCCUGUCCCAUGUGACCAUCCAGCAGAGGAGAGAUAAGGAGAAGAUGGAGGGGUUGCUGAAGGCUAUAAAGCUAAAGAGUGUGACGUUGGACACCAUCAGAUACAACCCAUUACCCCUCUGUAGCAGCACCCCUGUUCUCUCAACUGGCGACGACUCACCUGUCCUCCCAGCCUGCAAGUCAAACGGACUCCACUACCCAGAUUCCCCAAGCCCCUCGUCCCCCUACCCCCACCAUCCCGACAACCUUCACACAAACCCACUAAACCCCCAACCCCCUCCACCCCGCCACCCCUAUCCCCUGGCUCUCCACCCCGACAGGGCAGGAUUGGGCGAACGUCACCCAUCUAAGAGGCUCCAGGAUCUCCAGAACGGAGCAGGCCACCUUGGCCAUCCUCCCCAACCGAAGGUGCCCCUGGAUGGGCAGAACAAGCCCUGGGAAAGAUUCAUCCGGGAGGACUUCGCCCAACACUUCCACCAGGCUGUGUUGCAGUCUACCCACAAGACACUGGGUGGCUCCCCUUGUGUUCCAGAAUCCAGUAUAAAGUCUGAGCCCUCAGCGCCCUACAACAUCCCCCCUCUGAAGAGACCAGACCCCCUUCACACACCCCCACACCCCACCAACGGGCAUCUUCCGUACCCUUCUCCACCCCACCAUGACCCUGAUGGUGUACGGGAUGAGCUGUCAGAGGAAGAGGAGGACGAAGAGGAGGAGGACGAAACCCCUAAGAAGUGGAGGGGCAUAGAGUCAGUCUUUGAGGCGUAUCAGGAGUAUGUGGAUGAGCGGGGUAUGGAGAGACAGGUUCUCCACAGUCAGUGCCGGAGGCUGGAGACUCAGAACUACACUCUCAGUCUGACAGCUGAACAACUCUCACACAGCAUGGCGGAGCUGGUGAGUCAGAGACAGAGGGUGAGAGAUGAGAGAGAGAGGCUGCAGGCUCAGCUAGAGCACUUCAGGAAGUGUCUGACCCUUCCCAACGUGCACUGGGGCAAGGGGCAGGUCAAAGGUCGCCUCCCCCGGUGACUCCCUGCCCUGCUCCUGACAGGUUGACAGAGACAGACAGUCAGACUGACUGACCUCUAGAGAGAGAGAGGGCACUGGAUUGGUUACCAGUCAGAGGCAGAGAUGGAAGAGAGCUCUGGACGGGGAAGGAAGAGAGGAUGGUAGAAAGGGAGGAGUGCCACGCUCCUAGACUCUGUAGUGUGGUCAGACUCACCACUGGUGAAAGACUAGAAGUCUAAAAGCUAGAGGUCUUAGCUACAUAAGAGUAUGGCAUAAUAUUGGGACCCACUUUAACCAAUUCUAGAAUUUGGGACAAAUACAAUGACCACUAUGUCCUCCUUUUCUCUCUCCAUGAUUUGGAAGGGUUUGGAAUCAACCAAUAGCCAGCCCAAAAGGGAAUGCACAACCAAUAGCAAGCCAACCAACCACAGAACUGGAAGGACUUGAAUCAGCCAAGAUGCACUUAAAGACCUAGAAGAGCUACUAGUGAUCAUACUAGUGACAGUACUGUUAGAACUAUCUAGAACAGUAAACACUGUGUUAUAGAGAUAUUACUAUUCUGGAACUUUUUUCACUUGGGUUCAUGGACUUGCAAAAACAUUAGUUGUAGAAUAUUUAAGACAGUGUUUCUAUAAGGAAAUAACUGGAGGUUGUGAAAAUGUUUAAAAAUAUAUAUAUACAGUUGAA